AUGGCGAACGGUGGUGGAAAGGUCUCGUUCAAAGUGACCCUAACCUCCGAUCCAAAGCUACCCUUCAAAGUGUUCAGCGUUCCUGAAGCUGCACCUUUUACCGCCGUUCUCAAAUUUGCGGCAGAAGAAUUCAAGGUUCCUCCACAAACCAGCGCUAUCAUCACCAAUGAUGGUGUUGGGAUAAAUCCUCAGCAAAGUGCAGGAAAUGUCUUCCUUAAGCAUGGUUCAGAACUACGGCUGAUUCCACGUGAUAGAGUUGGUGCAUCUGAGAUGUUACAGGGUGUCUGA